AUUUAUGCAUAGGUCUUGUCACACAAUAAUAAUAAUAAUCCCUUUUUAAUAGUCUAGUUCUUUGUGUGUAAUAACAACACCACACCACAUACAAGCAUGGCUUCUACUGGUUCAUCUUCUUCCUCAUGGUCUUCUUCAAAUUGGGUCAUGGAAAAUGCUGCUACCCCACAUGUUCUUGCUGUUGAUGAUAACCUCAUUGAUCGCAAGCUCGUUGAGAAGCUCCUUAGGAACUCUUCUUGCAAAGUUACAACUGCAGAAAAUGGGCCAAGGGCAUUGGAGUUCUUGGGCUUGACCGAUAGUGAGCAGAACGCCAUGAAUGGAAGGUCCAAAGUUAAUUUGGUUAUCACAGACUAUUGCAUGCCAGGGAUGACAGGCUAUGAGCUACUUAAGAAAAUCAAGGAAUCAUCUAGCAUGAAGGAGGUUCCGGUAGUGAUCAUGUCAUCGGAGAACAUACCAACACGGAUUAACCAGUGUUUGGAAGAAGGAGCUCAAAUGUUCAUGUUAAAGCCCCUCAAACAAUCUGAUGUGAAAAAACUGACAUGUCAGUUAAUGAAUUAGGUAAACUUGUAGUUUUUUCAAAGAUAAUAUAAGCAAAUGUACUAAAAAGGGAAAAAUCUAUGGCUAUGAUGCUAAAAUCCCUCGCAUUAGGAAUUAGGACUUAACUAGAAUUUUGUUACUGUCUAAUUAGGUUAGCUAAGGUGUAGGAAUGAUUAUCAUUGUUUUGAAGAUCCUGUGUAGUCUCUUGUAUUAACCUACCUAUAUAUAACAAUUUCUUUGCCUGAGAAUUGUACUUCUUUUCUAUUUUUUUAAAUUUUGUGAUCUGCUUGAUUUGGAGGAAGUUACUUUUAUGCCUUAAAAUUUUGAAAAGACUCAAAGUCAAGUUAGGAAAUGCCUUCCCCUGCCAUAAUUUUCUAUCAACACAUUUUUGUAAUAAAUAACAGAGUAA